CGAUGAAAACUCCAACUGCAGUUCUUAUACCUCAAGUGGUUUCACUCUAUGGGAUGAGUCUGCAGUUAAGAAGGGAAAGACAGGGAAGGAGAAUAAUAUUGUGGGCGACAAGCUUAUUCCCGGAGAGACACAGUCUGCCAAGCAAGGGCAUUGGACGUCCACGGAGGGAACGCCACAGUCCUUUUCUAACAAUCGUCACAACAGCUUCAACUCUCGCUCUUCCUCUCAGACAACGGGACAGAGGAAUCAGAGUUUCAUAGAAAUGAUGAAGUCAGCAAAAGAUUGUGCCCAAGAUGAAGAGCUAGACAAUGAAGAAACAUACUUUCUUAAGAAAGAGUCCUCGAAUCCUGAAAGAGCAGAACUCAGGGUGAAAGUUGAUGGAAAGAGUAGUGAUCAAAAGCCAAACACACCAAGGUCAAAACAUUCAGCAACAGAACAGCGGAGGAGGAGCAAAAUUAAUGACAGAUUCCAGAUGCUACGAGAGUUAAUUCCACACAGUGACCAAAAGAGAGACAAAGCAUCUUUUUUGCUCGAGGUCAUUGAGUAUAUUCAUUUCUUACAAGAGAAGGUGCAUAAGUAUGAAGGUUCAUUCCAAGGAUGGAACCACGAGCCAGAAAAACUGAUGCCAUGGAGGAAUAAUGACAAGCCAGCAGAGAGUUUUGAAGCUUGUGGCACAAAUAGCGGGUCAGGUCCAUCACCAACCUUGCUCUUUGCUUCAAAGAUCGAUGAGAAAAAUAUCACUCUCUCCCCACCAAUUACUGGUAGUUCUCAGAAACUAGAACCUGGCUUGAACACAGCAACUCCCUUCAAGAACAUGGAUCAUCCUCCUGGAAUAACAAACAACACUUUCCCAAUUCCUAUUUCUUCACCGCCAAACUUCUUCCCUCCUAGAAAAAGCAUUGGUCUAGGCGAAAUGCCUCACGUCACACAUAGACUUCCAUCUGAUGCAGGGAAUGGCAUAUACCAACCUUCAGUGGAGUGUCAGACUGUGACUGCUACUAAUGAAAAGUUGAAAGAGAAAGAGCUCGCUAUUGAAGGUGGUGCCAUUAGCAUAUCAAGUGUAUACUCAAAAGGGUUGUUGGAUACACUUACACAUGCACUACAGAGUUCGGGAGUGGAUUUGUCACAGGCUAGCAUCUCAGUGCAAAUUGAGCUUCGUAAGCAAGAAAACAUUAUCAGACCAACUCUGCCAAUGUCAAUGUGUGGCAUUAAGGGCGAUGAAGUUCCUUCUAACAAUCAAAGGAUGAUGCGCUCUAGAGUUGCUACCUCUGGGAAAUCUGACCAACCAGUAAAGAAGCUAAAGUCUUGCAAAACCUAAUUCUGCCCUCAUAUUAUUCAUUCUUUCCUUAUUAUAAUAAUCUUUAUAUUAAUUAUUAUUUGGGGUAACUUUUUCUAAAAUUAAUUUUUGGAAGGGGGAUCAAAUGAUUUAUGUCUUACUGCUGGCUUAUUAUCCAGCAAGGGUGAGAUAGACUGUACAUGUCGUGUCUUGUUAGUUUGAUGGGAUCCAUAGGCUCCCCCCCCAAAGGAGAAAUAAUAUCGCAUUAUUUUACUAUCUAAAAUUAUAUCAAUUUCAGAGGCUUCCAUACUAAUUGAGAAGCUGCUUUUUUAAUCAAGGCUUCGAUUCAUGUAAAGUUUGUAAACCUUUGGUCCUUUAUCUGUUGUGUAUUUCUUUAACUUCGAUAUUUGUGGUCCAGUGGUCUGGUUAUGAUAAAGAAACUUAUUGUACUCUGAUCUUUUUACUUUUAGAAUAUUUCUGUAGUAACGUAGGGUACAAAGCUUUGUAAAAUUGUACAUGACAUUUACAAUUGUGUAAAAUAUAAAUAACUUAAGCAUAAAAUUUGAAGAAAAAA